UUUGUCCAAAGUUUUUAUCUAAACAUUGAGGUUAUGUUAUUGUUGAAACGUUCACGUUUUCUCUUUAAAUAUCAGAGUAUGAACUGAAAUUAUAUUUAUUAUGAAUGAGUUAAACUUGAGAGUUAGCGGAGGGAUAGGCGAAAAGGUCAAAAAACCCGCUGCGCCUUUAUCUAUUCCUUAUUGGAACACUGGUGUUCCUAGUGAAUUUUUCAAUAAUUUUUUAAAUUGCAACAGUGCUGAUAACCAGCUAAAGUUAUUAAAGCAGUAUCUAAACAGCCACAGAGAUGAGUUUGACCAGGAAACAGUCACAUUUAUUGUUUUGCUUUUCUGGCAUGCAGAUGCAAAACAUCCUAUUAAGGGAUUCUUAAAAAAGCACAUAACUGACUCCAGAACACUCCGCCAACCAUUCACUGAAACCUUAACCUCAGUAAUUGUCUCGGAGACUGAAGAAUCACCUACCCUCCUAUAUGGGGAUUACAUAGACACCGUAACUCGGCUGGAUACUGCUAUAGAUAAGUUUCCACCUGGUGCUGAGGCUGUGAGGUGCUUAGAGAUUGCUGUUAGUGCUUACUAUGUAAGGUGUUUGGAGACCUGUGUUAAAACACUUGAGUUGCAGAAUAAUGCUGCAGGAGAUAGUGUUGGCACUGAAGUAAAAUCCGAACCUCUUGCUCCUACAGAAAUAAACAAAAUAUAUGACCUGGUCCACCUCACUCUAAGACUUCUCCUGUACAUGAUACAGAAAGUGACAAAUGAUAACACAACCAAAUUGAGCUCUAUGUUCGAAAGGAUAAGGUCCAUUAUAUUUGCACUGAUGUUGGGCAAAGAAGUGCCCAUGGAUACGAAGUCUGUGAGUGGGAUUAUAUAUUUAACAUUGCAUUUAUUUGAGAAAGAACCUGGGUCUUGGAUUGCGGUAUUAGAGAGAGACCGAAGUGCUGAUAAUGGAACAGUCAACCUGUCAAUCUACUCCGCUGUGGCAACGGUAGUGCCUCCUGCUGAGUUGUCGGUCACAAAGGUCAAUAGUCAGCUGGCUGUGCUAGACCUGACUGAGAAGAUUCUGACGAUAGGAGACAGGUACUCAUCAGACCCCAGCCACACGCUAGCCGUAGCCCGCACCCUACUCUCAAUCAGCCGUAGUCUGAGCGCGGGCGCGGCGCUGGCGGCGCUGCUGGCGCGCUGGUGCUGGGCGCACGCGGAGCACCACAUGGACAGCGUGAGGCAUCUGGCCGCGCAGCUCAUGGCAAGGGUUGUAGCCGCUGCUGUACAGUUAGAGAAAGAAGUCGAAGUUGAAGCGCUGGCGGCGUUGCUGGCGCGCUGGUGCUGGGCGCACGCGGAGCACCACAUGGACAGCGUGAGGCAUCUGGCCGCGCAGCUCAUGGCAAGGGUUGUAGCCGCUGCUGUACAGUUAGAGAAAGAAGUCGAAGUUGAAGCGCUGGCGGCGUUGCUGGCGCGCUGGUGCUGGGCGCACGCGGAGCACCACAUGGACAGCGUGAGGCAUCUGGCCGCGCAGCUCAUGGCAAGGGUUGUAGCCGCUGCUGUACAGUUAGAGAAAGAAGUCGAAGUUGAAGCGCUGGCGGCGUUGCUGGCGCGCUGGUGCUGGGCGCACGCGGAGCACCACAUGGACAGCGUGAGGCAUCUGGCCGCGCAGCUCAUGGCAAGGGUUGUAGCCGCUGCUGCACAGUUAGAGAAAGAAGUCGAAGUUGAAGCGCUGGCGGCGUUGCUGGCGCGCUGGUGCUGGGCGCACGCGGAGCACCACAUGGACAGCGUGAGGCAUCUGGCCGCGCAGCUCAUGGCAAGGGUUGUAGCCGCUGCUGUACAGUUAGAGAAAGAAGUCGAAGUUGAAGCGCUGGCGGCGUUGCUGGCGCGCUGGUGCUGGGCGCACGCGGAGCACCACAUGGACAGCGUGAGGCAUCUGGCUGCGCAGCUCAUGGCAAGGGUUGUAGCCGCUGCUGUACAGUUAGAGAAAGAAGUCGAAGUUGAAGCGCUGGCGGCGUUGCUGGCGCGCUGGUGCUGGGCGCACGCGGAGCACCACAUGGACAGCGUGAGGCAUCUGGCCGCGCAGCUCAUGGCAAGGGUUGUAGCCGCUGCUGUACAGUUAGAGAAAGAAGUCGAAGUUGAAGCGCUGGCGGCGUUGCUGGCGCGCUGGUGCUGGGCGCACGCGGAGCACCACAUGGACAGCGUGAGGCAUCUGGCCGCGCAGCUCAUGGCAAGGGUUGUAGCCGCUGCUGUACAGUUAGAGAAAGAAGUCGAAGUUGAAGCGCUGGCGGCGUUGCUGGCGCGCUGGUGCUGGGCGCACGCGGAGCACCACAUGGACAGCGUGAGGCAUCUGGCCGCGCAGCUCAUGGCAAGGGUUGUAGCCGCUGCUUCCUACUCUCAAUCAGUCGAAGUUGAAGCGCUGGCGGCGUUGCUGGCGCGCUGGUGCUGGGCGCACGCGGAGCACCACAUGGACAGCGUGAGGCAUCUGGCCGCGCAGCUCAUGGCAAGGGUUGUAGCCGCUGCUGUACAGUUAGAGAAAGAAGGCGAUCCUUCCACCCUAGAGCAUCUCUUCACUUCACUAUAUACAGUGGACAGUUCCCGCAAAACCUUCUACGUGGUUCUGACGGCGCUGGCGGAGGCCGCGGGGGCUGCGGUGCUGGCGCGGCGGCCGGACGUCAUCCGUGACGUCAUACACGCGCUGAGCACCCAAGCGGUGCAGGCUUGCGCCACAACAUUCCUAGAAACCCUUCUAAAGAAGCACAUGCAACAAUCGGACCCGGAUACCAUCUAUCAACAGUGGAUCAGCGUAAUCCUCGAAGCGGUCAAAUGCGAGUCGGACCCGGCGGUGCUUAGUAUACUGGAGAAAAUUCUGACUAAAGCGGUGCAGUGGGAUAGCGGUGUACUACGAUACAUCUUACCCGAGCAGCGCGCACUAAGCUCAUACCAAGGGAGCGAUCUAAAAUGCAUCUUAUUAGUACUGGGCGUAGUUAGAAAAUCCGGUGUCCCGUACAAGGGAGUUACGUUCGACGAUCUCAGGCACUGCGCAUAUGAUGCCGAUGACGAGACCCUUAUCUUAAGUCUCUCGCUAGUGUCGGAGAGUCCUCGCUCCACACAACCAUUAACGGACGACGAACUUACUUUCGUGCUGCAUUUCUUGGACUAUAAUUUCAACGCACAGUCCCCAAGCUUUAGGCAACUGGUACUGGCUAAUAUGAAGAAGAUAUUAAAACGUCUCGAAGACAGCUACAAGAUGCUGAAGAGAAAACCGAAAGAACACUCAACAGAAAUAGCCUACUACCUAAACUUUAUAUCGGAGCUCCGAGCUUUAUGCUUCGCCAGUGUAUCGGCAGGGGGCGCUAGCUACGGACGCCGUUAUAUCGCGCUCCAGCUACUUAGCUGGCUGGGACAUCUACAACUCGCAGAAGAUAGGACAUGGACGGAGGAGCAGGCUGAAAUAUUGUACAACCUUCUAGAAGACAGCUAUGAGAACAACAAAGCGCUUGCCCUAGAAGUGCUCCAAAAUUGUCCAGCGGAAUUGAUAAAGCCAGUGCAUUCUACAGGCUACGUCGCGGACGCGAUAACUCAGGCUUCGUCGGUGCGGCCGACGGACUGCGUGGCCGCCUCUUACAAACUGCUGCUACUGCUGUCUUUGCCUAAGGAGUUUCAACCAUAUUAUAAAGAGCAUAAUGUGCCCUCACCAGCAUGUUUCGGCCUCCUACACAAGAUUCUAAGCGAGUUGAGAGAGCAAUGUACUCGCGCGCAGGACAUACUGCGCGCGGCACGAGACGCGCCCAUGUAUGGGCUCGUGCACUGCCUCGCGAGGCUGAUAGGGGGCCUCGACGCUAGUGCCAUAGCCAACAACGACCGGUGGUCUGCCCUGGUAGCUGACAUCAUCGCGACGUGCGAGGUGGUCAACAGCCGCGUAUCGGCCGUGGUGUCGGCCGCCAGCCCCGAGGGUCUGCUGCCUGAAGACACCAGCUCCGAUAGCUUUGGCGGCACGCGGCUGGCGGAUGGACGUGCGGUGACCGCGCAAAUGUUGCUACUGUGCGCCUGGCGGUCCGUCAAAGAGACGUCACUCCUCCUUGGCUCUAUCGUGUCUCGCUUGUGUCUCGAGGGCGAAGCCCCCACGUGGACGCUGAGCGCUAAGCAAGUUGAAGAUAUCGGCGAACAUCUGAUCAUGCUUCUGUCCACGGUGAAGCACCGCGGGGCUUUUGAGCAGGCUUAUGUGGGCUUCACACUACUUCUGGGCAGAUUAUGGAAAUGCAAGAGUGCCCUGCACCAGCUACCUUUGCAGUGGUUCUCAUCCAUAGAGCGCGGCUUCGUGAUACCUGCCGACGGCUCGACUGAGUACUGCGCGACGCGGCGCGGGGCCGGUCUGCCCUUCAUGAUUCAGGCUUUAGUAACAACGGAGCUAGCAGCGGAAUCCACCGUACCGCGCGGCCGCCUGCUGCGGCGCUGCCUCGAGCUCUGCCUCUCCGCGGCGCGCUCCCCUCCCGGCCCGGCCGCGGCGGCGCGCGCGCACCUAGUGCUGCGAGCUCUGUAUAGACACACCGCGCCGCCCGCCGCGCACACGGCCGAGGCCAUCAUGGUAGCGGUGCGCGGGUUCGAAGCCGACACUUGGACAGAGCGAAACUCAUCGACUCUCCUGUUCAGUGCCCUGACCGUGCGAGUGUUCGGCGUAGCGCGCUCUAGCGGCCAUAAGCUGUCCGCACGUAACACUAUGACAGGCCGGAUUUUCUUCCUGCGUUACCCGCAACUUUACGACUUCUUACUGGAUCAACUGAAAUCCGUGUCACCAGAUUCAACGCUCCGUCCAUCGCUGUUCCCAACAUUGCUGCUUCUGGCGAGGCUCUACCCCUCUGCUCUAGAAGGAACUGUCUCCAAUUUGAAGACAAUAAAAAAAAUUUUUUUAUUGGUAUUAGCUCUGAAUACAUUUUUAAAUUCUUUCGGGUUCCUUGUGAGCACGUUGUAUAGGCAGGAUCGAUCGAGACUUUUACAAAAAUGUGAGCUAGAUUAUUGUACCUGUGUUCAGCUGGAGUGUUUCCUGCCGCACCUGGUGGCGCUGGCUGGCGCGCGCGACGCGGGCACGCGGCGCCUGGCCGCGCGCGCCGCCGCGCCGCUGCUGCCCCCGCACAGAUGCAUAGCUCACAUGCAGUCAUUACUCGUGACACUCGGCGAUCCGAAGAUCAAGAGGAAUCUCUGCCACGGACUUUUGUGCCAGUUGACUGUCCUAUUGGAGCUUAAACCCGAUGUGACCAUCGACGAAAACUCCAGACCCACACUCCUGGCAGCUGUUCGUGAAACGUUCUGGAUUCCCAAACAUUUGGCGGACGACGCACCGUGCUUCCUUAUCGCUGACGAGUGGCUCGAGUUUAUCAACUUAAUCCUGCUAAGGUUCCCAAAACUUCUAAACGACGAUCUCCCAUCAAUGUCAUCUCUUCUCGAAACAGUCUUAUUCAGCCCGGCCCCCACCAUCACAAGCGGUCGAGAAGCGUUCCUCACGAACGCCACAUACCUGUCACUAAUUAUCAGCAAUGUACCCGCUUUGCUGACAAAACGGUGCCUCCAACACUCCGACUACGAAGUCAACUUAGCUGCUCUCAACUACCUACUCAUCCUACAUGGCUAUGAAGAAGAUUCCAGUCCAUUUUUAGACCACUUAUCUAAAAUUUUAAAUAAAGAAACUCUAGAAGAGUUAGAGCGUGAUAUAAAUUAUGUUGGAAUUCUGUGCAAAGUAACGAAAAAUGGGUAUUUAGAAUGUAAACAAAAAGCGUUAAAAGUUCUAGCGUUAACUAAAGACACGCAAAGAGAAAUAGUAAAGCUAAAGCUUGGAAAUAACGUAGAAUUAACUGAAGAAACUGUGAUAAUGGAGUUGAUAGAUUCUAUUAGGAAUGGCCAUACGAGUUUGAGCUCUAUUUACUUGCUCAGUUUGUUGAGUUUCGUAUCAAAGCCAGUUUUGGAGGUAGUGAGAGUGCUAUAUGAAUGUAGCUCGGCAGGGAAUGAGGAGGAUACUAGAGAAAUUGUGGUGGGGUAUUUGGAAAAGCAUUUGAUGACGCUGGUGAAGGCAAAAAUGAGUGCGAACAAAGCGGAGAUGUUCGAGUGGUCUGCCUUGCUGUUUGCGACGGUAGCAAUCUUGUUGGAGGACGAUUCGCCCGCCGUGCGGCAACGUGCCGCCAACGCCGUGCUCACGUCUCUACACCAUAAAGAAGCCUGCCAACAGUCGACGUCCCCGUUGGCGUCGCAGCAGUGGCGGCGCGCCGCGGCGGGCGCGCGCGCCGCGCCGGCGCUGCAGCUGCUGCUGGCCGGUCUGGACUUCUGCGCACACGUCCACACCGGCGACGAGCUCGGCGAAGAGUGUCGAGUGUUCGAUCAAAACGAAACUCACAACGUGUACCUCGAGGAGUUUAUAUGGACCAGAGACUGCGCUCUCGAGCUAAAGCGGAUAUAUAGACAAACAGACACCAACCACACAAUACAGGAAUACAUACAUGCUCUUCUAACAAAUCCAGACUACAAGGAAACUAUAAGGAAACUCUGUAUAGAUAAUGUAGCUGAAUAUUUGAUGGGUCAAAUGAAGACAAAUAAUCCUAAAAUUAUAUUAUUUCUGAAAAUUUUAUAUGAAUAAAAGAUGAGAAACGGUAA